CCCCUGCUGGCACCUGGGCUGCCCCUCCCGCCCCGCGCCCCCCCCCUCCCCAGAAAUCCACCAUGGAGACUAAGGAUGAGGUCAGCGACACUGACAGCGGCAUCAUCCUGCAGUCUGGCCCCGACAGCCCCGUCUCGCCCACGAAGGAGCUGACCCACGCCGUGCGCAAGCAGCAGAGGGCCCUGGAGGCGCGGCUGGAGGCCUGCCUGGAGGAGCUGCGCAGGCUCUGCCUGAGGGAGGCGGAGCUGACGGGCACCUUGCCAGCGGAGUACCCCCUCAAGCCGGGAGAAAAGGCCCCCAAGGUGCGCCGCAGGAUCGGAGCCGCCUACAAGCUGGACGAGUGGGCCCUGCACAGAGAGGACCCCCAGAGCGGCCUGGAGCGCCAGCUGGCCCUGCAGCUGCAGAUCACCGAGGCGGCCCGGCGGCUGAGCGCCGAGGACAACCUGAGCCGGCAGGCGCGGCGCCAGCGCAAGCACGCGGCCUUGCAGGAGGAGAAGAAGCUGCGGGAGCUGCAGCGCCGCCUGGGCGAGCGGCGGCGCAACAGUGAGCCCCCGCCCGCCACGCUGGGCCCAGAGCUCAGCGCCUCGGAUGACAGCUCCCUGUCCGACGGGCUCCUCCUGGAGGAAGAGGACUCACAAAUGCCAAAACCACCCCCCGAGUCCCCGGCCCUGCCUUCCCGGCCUCUCCCGCCCCAGAGCCUUGAGGGGCUGCAGCCUGCGGGACCCGAGCCGGGGGGCCUGGAGCGGGCCCCCAUCCAGAACAGCCCGUGGAAGGAGACCUGCCUCGACCAUCCCUACGAGAAGUCCCGGAAAUCUUCCGAGCCCAGUAGCGAGUCCAGCAGCCCGGCCGCCACACCGCAGGACGGGCCCCUCGCCUCCGGCCUGUGGCUGCCGGAGCCCAUCCCCUCCCACGCGGUCCCCACCCGCGGCGGUCCCGCCCAGCGCCAGGGCCGCACCAGCGCCCCAGCCACCCCCGAGAUGCAGGGCAGGCGUGGCCAGGCCCAGUCCCUGAGGCUGGACUCGUCGCGGGCGCCGGGGCCCGAGGCGGCCCGGGGGCGCAGCGCCUUCCCCCGCCGGCGCCCCACGCACUACACGGUGACGGUGCCGGUGCCCGGGCCGCCGCCCGCCGCCCCCCGCGCGCGCCACUCGUGCUCCGAGGACAGCGGCUCCGAGGCCUCCAGCGCCUCCCACCCCACCUCGCCCGGCAGCAGCAGCCCCGACAUCUCCUUCCCGCGCCCGGCCUGCGCGCCGCCGCCCCCCGCCGAGCCCGGCCGGCCCCGGGGCCCCGCGCCCCACCCCGCCGCCCGGCUGCUGCUGCCCGCCGGCUUCCUCCCGCCCGCGGCGGCGGCGGGGGCGCGGUACGUGGUGGUGGCCGCCGCCGAGGGCCCCCCCGGGCCCGGCGGCGAGUGGGGCGCGGGCGAGGCGGCCCUGCGCUUCCCGCGGCCCCCCGCGGCGGCGGCGCGCGCUCGCCUGGGCCUGGCGCGGACGCCCUCGCUGAAGGACGGCGCGGGCCGCGCGCUCAGCCGGGCCGCCGUGACCGAGGAGCUGCAGUGGUGGCACGAGCGGGCCCGGCUCCGCGGCCGCGCGCGCCCGCACUCGCUCGACCGCCACGGCGCCUUCCGCGGCCGCAGCAGCCUGCCGCCGGGGCUCGGGCGGCCCCCGGGGCCCCGCGCACAGGUGCCCGCGGUGUGUGUGCUCCGGAGGUCGCCCGAGGGGGUCCCCGUGCAAGUCUUCGUCCCUGAGAACGGAGAAAUCAUCAGCCAAGUGUGACUGUCCCGCGCCGUCGCCGCCGUCGUUGCUGGGAAAGACUUUCCCCGUGGGGCUGGAGCCGGGGCCGAGACCCCUUCGCCCCCAAGUGCCUCCUUCCGCUCCCCCACCCCAUCGCAGGCGAUGACCUGGAGCUGAAGAUGCCUUUGUGGUUGUUGUUGUUGUUUUUUAAUUUUUUCAUCCCCACGAUCUAUUUGUUCCCUCCCUCCCUCUUCCUUCGCUCCUUUCCUUUUUUUGAUACCAGAAGCCUUGACCUGAGGGUUUCUAUCUGUGACUUGUCCUCGGGGUCCUAUGAUAGGAUUUUACUUUGUCCCCCCCACCCCCGGACCCUGGCCUCUUUGGACUUACGGCCUUGCUGGUUUGACUGACCACCUUACAAGUGUCCUUAUGCAAGACAAGUGUCCUUGUGCACCACGGGUGGCCAAGGAAGAGCCCUUGGACACUCAGCGGAGUCUGAGAAAGCUCCUGGCCCUCCUGUGCCCUCAUUGUGGGGGCUGGAUGAGGCCCACUCCCCCAUUUCCCAGGCCUCUGGGAACCG